AUGACGUUCUGGGUAGAUUGGGAGCUAUGGGAGAAGCUGACUGUGGUACUAGCUACGCUGAUCAUCCUAGUGCUCCUUUACGCCUUUUGCGUCCUCGGCUGGAAUCGCUGGACGAUGAGCAAACACACUGCGACAGAGGCAAAAGAACGAGAGGAGGAAGCUGAGGUGUACCCAAUGCUGCACAAGGAUGACAUCCCUUUCGGUGCCAGAGCUUUGGAAAGAGGAAUAGGAGUGGAAGGGAUCUGGGUCUCAGAUCCCAACACACCCACGCAAAGUCCAGUUCCAAGUCGACCGGCCAGUCCAGUGCCAAGGUCGCUGUAUAGAACCAUUGACACCCCCAGCUCCUCGGUGGAAUCUCACAGUUCCUUGAUCAACCCAAAGCCCAUGCCACUGGCUGCCCGACGUGAAGUCGUUCCCGAGCUCAACCCAGCCUCCGCAGGCUUCACCUACGAGAACCAAAGACCCAGCGCACUUUAUGGCCGAUCUAGUCUGCUCAACCUAGAUUCCAUGCGCAUGUCACCUGCGCGAGAGGAGUCAAUGAUCGGCAUGAAGGACACAACAGUUAGGGAAAAGCGUGCUAGCUUUCACACGCGAAUAUUCGGUACAACCUCUAAUCCCGACACGAAGGAUUAUCGAGUAGGAUUGGACGGCGUUGAUGACGGCAUGAAAUAUGUCCCAGCCAUCGGUGAGUCACCAUCUGGUCCUUCACCAGAGAGCAAGCGGGGCUCACGAACCAUGAACCGUCUUCGCCGGCGAUCAUCAGAAGAGUUCCGACGCAGGAUAAGCCAGAUCUUCAACGAAAAUAUCCAAAUCGGACUGCCAGCCGAGCAGCUGGAGUUUAAUCCGGCUCUGCGUCAGUAUCAGAGACGGUUCCGGAAGUCGUUGCUUCGUCCUUUCCGUCCGUGGCUCAAUUCUCCUGAGAAUCAACAGUAG